GUCCUGGACAGAAGAGCUACCUGCUGCCGCUUCAGUACCUCAGCAGCACAAACCUGCCGGACAGGAGACUCAGGUGUGUUUCUCUUUCCUCUAAUGAGUGAACGUGCAGAGUCCCGGUCCACACUCCGGGCCAGGUGGCGGCGGUCACGCACCAUGACGGUGACACCGACCGCCGUAAAACUUCACGAAGAAGAAGAAGAAGAAGAAGAAGAAGAAGAAGAAGAAGGCGGCGGCGGCGCGCUGGUUGAUGUAAACAAAGAUGUUUAAUUGCCCGCGGAUGAUCUGCUGAGAACAGAAAACUGUGUCUGUUUAACGGCCUGAUGUGAAGAUGACCCGCUGCGGAGGAAAAGAACCGGAGGAACGUUUAACGGCAGGAACAUAGAGACAGAAACGGAAGAACACGUCCAACCAGCUGCAGCUCCACCCUGAUCCACUCAGACCGGACCUGGUCCAGCCCGGUCCAGUCUGGUCCAGGUGGUGAUGGCGGGUCGAGGUCGUGGGCGGGGCCGGAGGAUGAUGACUUUCAGUGCUGAGGCGGUCGGCAUCAACAGGGGAGACAGUUUACCUCCGUCCAUCCAACAACCUACACCUCUGUUUCCUGUGAUGGAGCAGAAGCCCCUCCCCCUGGCAGGUGGGGAGGAGGCGGAGUAUCUGUUGGCGCUCAAACAGGAGUUCAGAGGAGCCAUGAAGACUCUGCCCUGCUUCAUCCAACCAGCUGCUGCACACAGAGAUGUGGAGCGAUACUCUGAUAAAUAUCACAGCAGCGAGCAGACAGACGGACUGAUGGACUGGACUCCAGACUGGAAGAGAUUCCCUAAAGAGCUCAGAGUCCACGUGAAGAAACCUGCCAGAGACGGUGUUUCGGCAGCAGGCGGCCGCUCUGACAGGCUUCAGCCUGGGCAGAAGAAGAAAAGAGUGAAAGAGAAAGAGGAAGUGCUGCUCAAACUGGAGACUCUGGAGAAGAAGGAGGAGAGGGGGAGCUCGGGGGAGGAGGAGGAGGGAGAGGAGAAGAAGAAGAAACAGGAGGAAGAGGAGGCCGAAGGAGAGGAGGAGUACGACGAGGAAGAGUUUGAGGAGGAGACGGACUACGUCAUGUCCUACUUUGAUAACGGAGAGGAGUUCGGCGGAGACAGUGACGACAACAUGGACGAGGCUAUUUACUGAAACACCAGCACUCAGCGUACACUCGUCCGCUUCUAUCACUUUUUACAGCGGGUUUUAUCGGCUUCGUGUUUGUUCGUCUCCGCAGAGAAAAACCGUCCAGCAGCCGUUUGACGUUUUAAACCAUUUUAUAACCGAUGGAACUGAAGACUGAACGAACGUCCAAAUGUCCGGACGAGUGAAGACGAUUCACUGGAGAGAAAUCGUCAGAAGACUUCUGAGUUCACGCUGCGUCUUUCAGAUGUUUUUUAACCUUUUGUAUCGAUGUUUGAUCUGUUUUAUCGUCGUUCUGGAAACAAGUGAAUUAUAUCUGUAAGUGUUUGUUUUGGCUGUUGGAUAAUAAACGGCAGCUGCGUGAGUUAAA